CUGCACUCUCUGGUCAUCUCCUGUACUGUGUCCGUAGUCUCUGGUCAUCUCCUGUACAAUGUUCGCAGUCCUGGUCAUCUCCUGUACUAUAUCCGCAGUCUCUGGUCCAGGGGUGGACUGACCAUUUGGGCACUCGGGCACUGCCUGAGGGCCUGGGUCCGCCCCUGCUCCGGUCAUCUCCUGUACUAUGUCUGCACUCCAUUGGUUCAGAUUUUUUUUUUAUUGUUUUCCUCCUCUAAAAUCUAGGUACGACUUAUGGUCAGGUGCGUCUUAUGGAGUGAAAAAUACGGUAAGUGUUCUUUGUAUUUGUGUCU